CGGAAGAGAUCCGAGUGCCAGCCUCCAGUAUUAGCAGCGGUGUUAGGAUUCAGUGUGGCAGCAAGGGAAAUCAGUGGAAUCUGGGCCAUCUGGGAAAAGGGCAGUCGGUGAAAACCGGCACUAAACCGGCAAGAAUCCCGGCGAAGUGUCCACCGUGACACCGCAGAAGCUCCCGGCGGACUCCUCUGUCCCGUCUCCCGCUGCUGGCUGCGGUUUUUCCUCCCUGGAUCCGCACAGCUGAUUGAAUCAUCCCUGUGUGCUGCGCUCCAGCUGGACUGAGCUGUUAGCAGACCAAAGGUCAGAGUCUGGUUGAGAUGAGAGACCUGUCCAAGAGGCGAGCAGAAGUUACACCAAAACUGGAGACACAGAUUCCUUUGUGGGGUUGUGUCAGAAACCAAGCAUGCAGAGCUGUGGCGACUCCUUGGCCCCAUCCAGAUAGCAGCUGGUGUCAUCUGCAUAGCAACAAAAACGUGUGAAGUCUUAUCUAAUAAUAUUAGCUGGAUCAAUGGAAAAACAACGUCUGUGGGUGGACGUGGCCAUCAACAAUAUCCCCCACACCAGCAGCAUGGACAGGAUGAAUCCAUGCUGAUCCUACUGGACAAAUGUCACGGCAGAUUUUCAGACCCAUAUCACCAGGAAACAUUUUCAAACUUCUCCAUUUUGGGUUCAGAGUGGUGACAAGUAAGCAGCUCUCCAGGAAUAGCAUGCUGUGCCCUGGGCAACACUGUGGGGUUGUCUGGGUGGAGAGCUGGAGGAGCCAGGGCGAGGUGACAGAGUGGAGGAGGAGCUGCUUGGAGUUAUCGAUCAGACCGGAGUUUCAGGCCUACAAUACUGUCACUAUGGAUCAGUUGUCAGAUGAGGAGGUGGAGAUCAGAGAGGAGGAGGAGGAGGAAGAGGAGGACAGUGACAAGGAGGACCAGGACCUGGAUAAGAUGUUUGGUGCCUGGCUGGGAGAGCUGGACAAACUGACGCAGAGCCUGGAUGACGGUCGCUCAGAACGGCCGCCUCAGGAGAAGCCUCCGCUCAGACAGGAGACCAACAUAGCCAACUUCUCCUACAGAUUCUCCAUGUAUAACAUCAACGAGGCCUUGAAUCAGAGGGAGAAUGUGGAUCUUGAUGCUCUUAUGGCCGACCUCUGCUCCAUCGAACAGGAACUAAGCACCAUCAACGCCAAACCAAACAGCUCUGGUAGCAUGGCCCGUCUGGGCAUAACCGAUACCAAGGUUCGCCAGAAGCCCCCAGCUGGGCGCAGCAGCAGGCAGCAGCCAGCAGGGGGCAGCAGCAGUGCUGUCAGCAGUGGUAGUAACAGCGUUAGUGGUGGGGGGGGCAGCAGCGGGGCGAGCAGUAGCAGCAGCAGCACCAGGGCGUCACCAGCCGGCACCAUCAGAGCUCCCGCUGGGCAGCACGGGAGACCAGCCCUGGCUUCUAACUUCAGUCUGGAUGACAUCACAGCCCAGCUGGAGAAGGCUUCGCUGAGUAUGGACGAAGCUGCUCGUCAGACCUCCUCCCACUCUCUUAGCUCAGCCUCUUCCUACGCAUCAUCAGCCACGAUGCGAAGGCCCGGAUCCUCUCAGAGGCAGCAUCGACGCACAGGAUCGGUCGGCACGGUCAGCGAACAUGAGGCACGUUCGAUUGUCCACUCGUCACGCUCCUCCGUCACCUCAGCAUCUGGAGUUUCCGUUAACUCGGCUUCUUCCAUGGACUCGCUGGACAGCGUUCUCCGCGCUGACUCAGAUGGCCAGCCAAUAAUGCCCCCAGUAGAAGGAGCCAGUCGAGGUCAUCCCAACACAGAGGAGGAGCAGGCUGCCAAACUGAAGGCAGAGAACAUCCGAGUGGCCCUCGAGAAGAUCAAGGAGGCCCAGGUGAAGAAGCUGGUGAUUCGUGUUCAUCUGUCAGACGAGAGCUCAAAGACCAUGAUGGUGGACGAACGCCAAACAGUCAGACAGGUUCUGGACAGUUUGCUGGAGAAAUCUCACUGUGGCUACAGUGCGGACUGGUCACUGGUGGAAACCAUCAGCGAGUUGCAGAUGGAGCGGAUCUUUGAGGAUCACGAGAACCUCGUGGAGAACCUGCUGAACUGGACCAGAGACAGCCAGAACCGCCUGAUGUUCACUGAGCGUAUAGAGAAGUAUGCUCUGUUCAAAAACCCCCAGAACUACUUGUUGGGGAGGAAGGAGACAUGCGAGAUGGCCGAGAGGAACAAGGAGGCUCUAUUAGAGGAGUGUUUCGGGGGCAGCUCAGUGUCUGUCCCUGAGAUGGAGGGUGUCUUAUGGCUGAAGGAGGAUGGCAAAAAGUCCUGGAAGAAGCGCUACUUUCUGCUGAGGGCUUCAGGCAUCUACUAUGUUCCCAAGGGCAAGGCCAAGGCAUCCAGAGACCUGGCUUGUUUCCUCCAGCUGGAUCAUGUUAAUGUCUACCUUGGUCAGGACUACAAGAGCAAGUACAAGGCUCCCACAGACUAUUGCAUGGUGCUGAAGCACCCUCAGAUCCAGAAGAAGUCACAGUACAUCAAAUAUCUCUGCUGUGAUGAUGUCAGAACCCUGCAGCAGUGGAUCAACAGUAUUCGCAUCGCUAAGUACGGAAAGCAGCUGUACAUCAACUUCCAGGAGGCAAUGAGGAGGUCAGAGGCAGCCUAUGAUUGGUCCUCCCUCUCUUCGUCUUCCAUCAAGUCUGGAUCCAGCUCCUCCAGCCUUCCAGAAUCCCAGUCCAACCACUCGAGCCAGUCAGACAGUGGUGUAUCAGAGAUGACAUCAUCGGGCCACACCCGCUCCCAGAGUGUCGUCAGCUCCAUUUUCUCUGAUGCUUGGAGGAGAGGAACGCAAGGAGAGAUGAUGAAGAUCGACCCGAUCAGUAGACCCAUCCCUGUGCAGAUACCCAGCCUCUCCCCCCAGCCACUCCCUCUCUCUCAGCCUCAGACUCCACCAUCCCGGAGCAGCUUCACUGACAGCCUCGUCCCAUCUGAGGAUUCCUCCCCGUCACCGCCGUCGCCUCCUGCACUGCCCCCUGUAGCGAGUGUGGCCCAUCAGCCGGCACCUCCCGCCUCAUACGUGAAGUACAGCACGCUAGCUCGCCUGCAGAGCCAGAACCAAUCCAGAACACAGCAGGCGGGUGCCCCCCCACCCUCACUUUCCAACUACAACACCCUUCCAGCUGCCUACAGCACCUCCCCUCAGCUACCACCAUCUCCUCCCCCUCCUCCUCCACCCACGGCACCAGCUCCGGGCUCAGCCAUGGCAGCGUUGAAAUUUGGCCCUCCAAGCCCAUCGGCUCUUCCACCACCACCCCCACUGGAGGAGGAGCUGACACAGGAGCCCUCCUAUCUCCCACCCCCUCCUCACCCUGAGAGCCUGGAUGCCAAUGGGUUGCCACCUCCACCACCUCCAGAGCCCAUCCCUAACUCAUGCACUCAACUCUCCAACACAGGCCUCCAACAGUUCCUGGCACAGAAGUUUCCCAACAUGGUGUAUGACUUCAGCCCAGCAGUUCCUGAGGAUAACUCUCCCCCACCUCCUCCUCCGCCUCCCACUGAGCUGUCUCCUCCAGCCUCCCUGCAAGGUCUCCGACCUCUGUCACCUAAUGCACCACCUCCUGCACCUCCCAAAACCUUCACUGGAGGAUUUCCCCCUCUCACUGCUCCCAAACCCUCAGGCCCCUCUUCCCUUCCCAUCGCGCUCUCACCUGUGUCUCCAACACAGCCACAAGUUGGACACGGAUCAUUUAAAAAGCAGCAGAGUUUCUCCACAGGACACUCCCCAAAUCAGCCACCUCCCACUCUGCCAAAGCAGCACAGCCUUUCCUCCAAAAAUCUCGCCAUGUCUCCCUCUUCCACCUCCUCUUCUGUCUCCAUUGCAGCUGCUACCUCCUCUUUGGUCAAACAGAUCGUCAAUCAGUUCCCAGGAAACUCUGCCCCUAACUCCAACAUGGAGGGAUCCAAGAUCGCUGCCCCUCUGUCUCCUCCAGCAGUUAAGGCCAAACCAAAGUGGCAACCUGGCAGUGUCGUGGCUCCACAGUCCCCAGAGUUUCCUCCACCUCCUCCCGACAGCUCCCUGGGAGAGUUCCCUCCUCCUCCCUCUUCUUCUUCGUCCUCCAAGACAAGUUCACCGAUAAAGAAGUCGCCUUCCUCCUCGUCCACAGGAUCCUCCAAAAGGGGCCCUCCACCUACCCCUCAGAGAGCCUCCUCUAUCCGCUCCAGUUCAUCAGGAGAGACCCAGGAGGAGAGGCCCAAGACGGUUGAGAGCCUGGUUAGCAAAUUUGGCCAAGCUCCUCAAAUGGGCACCUCGUCGAGCUCCUCGUCAGCGACAGGGUCGCCUUCUAAAGACUCUUCCUCGCUUCCUGCUCCGCUACCCAAACCAGGGAAAUUGAAUCUGGCGAACCUGCCGCUGGCGCUCCAGGGACUACAGACCGGGCAGCACCACCAGCCAUCUGAUUUUCAAUGUCCUCUGCCCCCACCUCCUCCUUCCCAGCCUCCUCACCUCGAUUCAUCCCCAGACUACUUCCCACCUCCCCCCAGUGACUCUGAGCUCUUUCCUCCUCCUCCUCCUCCUUCCCACCCAUCAGAUUUCCACCACCCCCCAAAAGUGGCAGUGGUAAACCCCCAGCCCCAGAUGCAGUUACACCAACAGCCGGCAACCUCCUCCCUAUCCUCGUCAUCAUGGAAACAAGGGUCACUGAAAAAGGGGGCGGUCCUUCCUCCAACACUGAACCGGCGAACGAGCAACACGGCCCAGUACGAUCAUACAACUUCAAUGCCCCUCUCACCACCACCUCUCUCUCAGACCCCACCCCCAUCACUGUCUUCUUAUUCCUCCUCACCUGUUCCCCCCACCUCCCCCAAAUCAGUUGCUCCAGGCUCCCUGGCACUAAAAUCUCACUUCCUGGAAGACCUAAACAGAACCCUUAAGAGGAAGUCUGUGUCUCGCCACGGCUCGCUUACCUCCUCCCACCUCAUCUCCUCCUCCAAGAUGGAGCUUGUGGGCACCAUGGACGACAUGGCACUCCUUCCCCCUCCUCCACCUGAGCUCCUGCAGCAACAGCAGCAGCAGGGAGUCCGAGGACACUCUCAGACUUUAUCUCGCCACCACACACACUCCCACUCCGCCAAACACACCAACAUCUCAGGCUAUGCAACACUGCGGCGAGGCCCGCCUCCUGCUCCGCCGAAACGGGACCAAAGCACCAAACUGACCAGUGAGUGGUAGGGGAAGGAGGACCCUGUGGGUGGAGCUUAAAGAACUGAACUCACCAAUUCGGUGUAGUUGUUCCUGAAGAGAAAAAAUAAUUAAUGUUUCUCUCUCCUUGUCUGUCUCUCUCCAUCCUAAACCAUCCACCCUUGGACUCUGAGAAAGUAGCAAGUGUCCUACUCUUAAUCUCAGACCCUGAUUGUUAAUAUUAACCUCAUUACUCUUAUCAUUAACAAUACAAGUUUAAUCCAAUAAGUAUGAAAUAUGUAUAUAUCUGUAUACAAGCAAAGCAGAAAAGUCACCUAUCGAGCUUUUUUCACAAUGUCUGUGCAGCUUUGCAUUGAAACACGACAAGAGACAAAGACUUUAACGGCAACAGAGACCUUUUGCUGCAAAACAACAGGUACUGCAUGGAGCCAUGGCAGUAAUGUUACUGAUUAAGGGAAGGAGGGAAUAAUUGAAGGACGGCACGGUGUGUAAAUGUGUAUUGUGAACUGAGGGGGGGGAGGGUGAGGAAGGCGGGGAGCCCUUAGAGGGAGGUUUGCCAUUUAUUUCCAACUGUUUUUGUGUGUGUUUUUAUAUAAGAUUAUUUAAUACUGGAAAGAUAUUGUUGUUAUAGUUAUUUUAAGAUUUUAAGAAGUGUCCAAAGCGAAUAAGUUUGACUGGAGAUGAGUCUGCCUUCUUCUCUAAAGAUCUGGGCUGCCAAAACUAUUAUACAGCCAGUUCCACUGGGUUUAUAUUUGGGUCAUUUCUAAAUAAGUCUCUUUUUUUCACUCUUAGCCUCUUAACAAACCACCAAGUAACCAGCAAACCAUUUAGGGUUAGAUUGCAUUUCAGACAGAUGUUAAACAAGCCGAGUUUGAGGAACCAGAAGAUGCUACUUUUGAUAUCAAGUCCCUCCAUGGAAAGGAGCAGAUGUGAGGUUAAUGUUACACAGGUUCACUGGUGACCUGGUGCAUGUUAAGAGAUUAAGAGCUUUGUGGCUGAUUGGUUGCUGACUCCCAGGGGGUAAAACCAAUUGGUUGAAUAUCUGCUGAUUGAAAACAUGUUCAGGUAGACAUUCAACUAGGGAUGCUGGGCACAGACGAUACACAAAUUAGGACUGAAAUUAUGUCACACAAGUAUAUUUGCGCCAGUUGUUUUCUCGUCUUUCCUCUGUAGAGGCCAUCAGGAUAGACCUGGACUUCUUCUCUCACAGCUGUCUGAAUUUAAGUGUUAUGAUGAGUCAGGUUUAAUUCUCUGAGCUCAGCUUUAGUGCUCCAAUAUCAAACCUGUCCUUUUAAUGACAGACAUAAUCACUACAUUGUUUAAACAGAAACUGUGUCAUUAGUGAGUGAUAGCUAGAAGGCUUGGGUGGUAUUCCCCCCACCCUGUCACAGCAGAUGGUGGGCCUCCCUCAAUGUUGUAGAGCUCUUCCUGUUAAAAGGAAGUUCAUCCUCCCCGCUGUCACCACACUGUCCUCACAGAAUAUCAUCACACUGUAACGUCUUUGCCCGUACUAGUACAAGGCACUCAGCCACUCGUUUUGGGUCCUAUUGAAUAAACAGUUAAGUUCAUUAUGUAAAUCCUUGUCAUGCUGUGUUUAUCAGGUAUACUUGUAACUGACAAGUCAUUAGCCAAAGAGCCUUUCACAGUCAGACCUGCCUCUCUUUCAUCAAAUGUGCUAAUAUCGCAGCUUCAAAAUGGGAACUGAGAAACCAGUGGGUGACAUCACGGUGGCUCCGUUCGUCUUUUAUACUGUCUGAGUGGAACGAUAAGCUGAGCUCAGCGAGCUGUGAAAUCUGGCAAAUGCAAAUAGUAAACAAAGUGUAACUCGUUCCACUGAUAAAGGUGAGCCAGCUAACACAGACAGCUGUGCGUACCAUUAGCUGUAGUAAGUUGUAGCUAAAGAGGGUAACACUUUGAUCUAGAGUGGUCAGUGGGUGUGUUAGCAGCAAUAUGUGGAAGAAUGUAGUGUUGUUGGGGGGUUAAAUGGAAAUUAAAAUGUAGACUGAUGCAGCAAUCUCAAAGUAAGAAAACCACCCAGCGUGUGGCUAAUGUUUGAUGUGCUAGCACUAGGUGAUGCUAGCCUUCCAUGUCUGAGUGAAAUUUACAAGAUACUUUCCCACUGUGCAAGCUGGGGUCAGGGUAGGGGCGGAGAUGCAGACAAAGUUUUUGUACAUAGAAAAAACUCCUAACAUGAAAUAACCUGGUAAAAUAUGAGAAAAAUACUGCCCAAGCCUAAUAGCAAUGAAAGAAGACUGUUGGAGUGUGUGUUGUUUUAACUAUUAUUCAGUCACUUUGUUAGUUAGUGAAAGUGUGUUACCACUGAAGUAAUUAAACACUAAAGGAUAUGCUGGGAACAAGUGCCUGAAAAGCAACAUUCUCAAACUGUUAAAAGCAUUGUGUUUACAUCACACCCUGACCACCCUAAAGCCGGGAGUCAUAUGAUCUGUGACAUACUCUCUAGCAUCGUUGUGUGACGAUGUAGCCAAAAAACACUCAUCUGGAAAAACCGUAGGACGAGCUUUUAUGGGGGCAACAACUAGAUAGGAUGACCGAGAGUAGCAUAGCUCUGUUGGCCUUAAUGUCCCAUUACUGGAACAUGCUUUUGAAAAUAACAACAGCUUCUAUUAGGACAGGUUCAGGUGCAAUUAACUCAUAGAGCCAUUAAAUGCACAAUUUCACUUUUCUAUUACUUUUGCACCCCCUGGUGGUGUUUUUUUGUUUGUUUUUAAGAGUGGAUGGGGCUUCAGUCAACUGCAAGCAUUUUGAGCCCUGUUUAAACAGUAACACUGUUCACACUGAGCUCUGAAACAUCCACAUCUUACCCUGAUGUUAACCUUUGGAGUUGAAAUAUCUAUCAGAUUAAGGUGACAGCUCUGUGAACUGUUUACCUACAAGAUUCACUGGUUGCAGGAUCCCACCCACAUGUUGUUAAACAUUUAGGGUUAACGUUUGGUUAAAAUAAUAUUUUUUGAUCUGUGGGAAAUCAUUGUGGAUAUUUUUCAGCACUGCCUGACACGAGGAAAGAGCACCCUGUUAAAAAAAUACACUUCUCUGGUGCUAAGAGGCAUUUUUAAGGACUCUAAAAGCAAUGGCAUAUAGGAAGGAGUGGAUACAACCCAUGACACUGUCAGUCAGCUAUCGUAGUUAGCCUGUAUAAGUCAGUACAUAAAAUCACACAUGAAUGAUUCUGUUUUAGCAACAUGUCUUCUGAUACUAGUCAGAGGGUACAUGUGGUUAGAGUAGCCAGCAGGACUUUUCAGGUCAGUCGAGUAGUUAGUCUGCUGCUCCAUCCCUCCAUUCUUAUAGUUACUGAAACUUGCUCUGUCAUUUUUGAUAAAGUUUUUAAAUCCAUUUUCUGAUCAUUCUUUUUUCUAAGUAUUUUAUGUGCCGUUUAACCUCACUCUGUCUGUACCUUCCUGUUUUUAAUCCUGCCUGAUAAAAAUCCUCUGCAUGACAUGUCACCACCACUGCAGCAGCACAGAUGCCAAAAAUAUAAUAUUCCUGCCCCAGUUUGGCAAUCAUCUCCGCUAUCAGUUGUUUUUUCCCCCUCCGGUUUGUAAUUAUGGUGAGAAAAUGGUUUAAGUUCGUUUUAACAUUACAACCGCCUGUUUUGUGAUAUUGUUGGGGAGGUUGGAGGGAUUCACCUGAGAGAAAUACUUCCUAUAACACGCUACCCUGCUGGAAAGUACUCACUCGGUGUAUUUCAACGACACUCGAGAUAUAGUUUGACGCUGAUUGAUGUCUUAAAAAUGUCUUGCUCAAGGACACCCAGCAGAGCACAUGGCUGUUUGGUGUCACAACUGCUGUUGCAUUUAAAAUAAAGGAGAAAUAAUUCAAA